CAUCGGUAUGUUCAAGAAUUAAAAUAAUUAUAUUGAAAAUCAAAGUGUAAGUUUAUAUUUGCCGUUUCUAUCUAGUAGUUAUCCAAACCAUUUUGUGCUUUCUAAUCUUAAAAUGGUUAUUUAAUUUUAUUAGUAAGUAUGACUAGACACAGACUCAGUUUGUUUAUAUAUACUGAACGCUCGGAACCCUAAACUCAAGUCCUUUUUAUCGGAAGUACAACUGAAGUUAAAAUAAUUCAAUUUAUACAUACAUACACAUACAUACAGUGUAGAUAAACUUUAUUUAAACACAGGAAAAAAGUGUCAGUACAUCAAAACGAUUGCUAUUUACAAGUUUGUAAGUAUAAAAAUAAAUGCAAUGAAUGAGAAAGGAGAGAAGAGAUAAAUAAACCAAAUUUUAUUUCAAAAGCUGAUAAUUGGAGCCAAAUUGAGACAAAGCUAUCCGCCAGGAUGCCAAACUGUUUUCAACUUGAUUUUUUAGUGUAAACCAUAGGUGUAAACACCUGGUUCGGUGCUUCAAAGCAAGGUUAGUGUUAACCAUGUGUUAAAAUUAAACCCGAUAUUAUUAGAAAUUAACAAUAUACUUGUAACUCGCACCUCGCACUUUAGAUAAUCUCUGUUUGGGUGGGUGAAGGGAUAUCGGAGUGGAAGAGUUUAAUAGGGAUAGUUAUUGAUUAAACAGAAACACGCGGUAAAUGCAAGAUUUAAAUCAAGUACUUGGAAAAAGAAAGAUUGAAAGGAAAGGAAAAUUUGUUUCGAGAAAAAUUUUGGUGGUGGUGGGCAGAGGGCGUUAUUGAAAAAGAUGUUUGCAUCCGCUGGAUAAAUGUCUUUGCCCAAGGGAGUUGAAACUUGUUCUUGGCAAAUUCCUUUAUGCAGGAGUCCAGUUGGUCAAGAAAUACUUCUUGCAAGAGUCUGACACAUAGGACCCACCAGUUACCCCAAUCUAUAAAUCUAGAGAAAGGGCCAACUGUGGUAACUAUAGACCUAUUUCUACAUAUAAUAUUAGCUGUUGCAAAAAUCUUGGAGAAAAAUAUUUAUAAUCAAAUAUUUGACUUCCUAAAACGAAAUUCAAUUUUAGCGAACCAAAAAUCAGGCUUUCGUCCUCUUCACUCAACCAAAACUACAUUCCGCUAACCAAUGUCUUAUUAAUAUGGACAAAGGUCUGAUUAAUGGCUUUUUAUUUCUAGACCUCAAAAAAGCUUUUGACACUGUUGACCAUAAAAUUCUAAUUUCUAAGCUAGAACUAUACAGAAUAGGAGGAAGCACUUUAAUAAAUUUUCUUUAACGACCUAUUCAUAUUUUGAGCAGUCUCAAACGAACAAACCAAAGUUGACUGUUUCUAAGUUUGAAUAGGAUGAAUAUGGUAGUUUAAAUAAUACUGUUCUAGCCAUCUUUUUGCGAAUACAUAUUACUGUAUCAGCGCUAUAUUUUCUAUACAUUUUGUUCCAAGAAUGUUGCAUGUCUCUGGGGAGUUGCAUGUUAUAUAUGUUAUGUUGUUAUGUUAUGGUUUAAUUAAUUGUGUUUCAUUUUGAGUAUGCCAAGAUUAACUAAGGAUCAAAGAGUUUGGAUUUGCUUAGAGCAUGCAAGAUUCCAAAAUGCGGGAGAAGUUAGAAGAUGAUGGUCGAUCAAAAUCAAAGUUAGCCUUUCCUCUAUCUAAUCAAAUAUAUUUUGAAUGUAAUAGCUUCACUCGCUUCAGACUUAUUAAGAAUCGCUUCAGACUUAUUAAGAAUCAAUGAAUUUUUUGGGACACCCAGUAGUUGAAUAGUGACUUUAGUAAAUAGUAAGUGUUUGUAUUUCUAAACAAUGUAUAUAUGUAUUCACAAACGGCCCCUUGAAAAUCAGUUUUUCUUUACAGCUGAAGGGCUACCGUUUUCAAAUAAUUUUAAAUAAUAAUAAUAAUAAUCGUGUUCAAGAUUCUCAUUGCCAAAUUGUUACAGCACGUUCGUCGUGCAAUAGCUUUUGAAUCUCUCCUGAGCUUUUGAACCGUUUCCCAUUUGUAAUCUAAAAUUACUGAAAAUUGCAAAUUUCGCAAGGCUAUAUUAUCCGCAUUUUAUAACAUUUUGCAACGAAACUCUGGAAUAUUACUACUUUGUGAUGCUCUUUCAUGCUAUGAUAGAAUUUUGUCUAGACUUGUUGAGAUCAAAAUUUUGGUUAAUUGGGUCAUUCCAGAAAAGAUCCAUACUCCCCCCAUGGAGGAAAUUUCUGCAGUUCGGAGGGGGAGGGGAGAAAAAAUUAUUUCUGAUAAUAGUAAAUGUAUUAGGACAUCCGAAAGUGGUAGGGGGUUAACUUCCUAUUUCCUCCGUGGGGGUGGUAUGGAUGUUUUCUGGAAUGACCCAUUGGGGAAUGGUCCAUUGUGGGAUAAAUUCAGUUUAUGGGCAUGCCGAAAAAGAAUGAGCACAGAGAUGUGUUUUUGCAUGUGCGUAUAUAUGAAAAGUGUUCAUCCCACCAUCAUAAGACAAUCAAACCAGCAUUCAAAUCAGACCAACACAUCACUUGCGAUACCCUUGGUGAUCAUAAUAUUACAAACUACAGGAAAUUAGUGAUUAAAUGUCCCUCACCUCGGGAGGUUUGUGGCGCAGCCCCAGGGAAUUCCUGGGGACAUUUCAGGGACAUUUAAGCACUAAUUUCCCUCAUAUCAUGGUAUUACUUAUAAUAAUUACUAACUUUGUUUUUGAUACUUCAUUUAGUAAACCAUGACUGUUGAAUGAAACAAUUAAUAAAUAUUGAAUAUAUAUAUACCUUAACACAGAUACCACAACCUAUACAUAAUUCUUCUGAUAUAGUACAGACUUUCGAAGUUGGUAAUACUUCAAUGCACAGUUUACCUUUGAAAAUAAACAUUUCAAAAGUCAGGAAAUACUGAAGUAUAAAACCAAGAAAUUUAUACAACAUGAAAUUCUCAACAAAGAAAGCGAAAUAAUCACUCACCCAUACGAACAACAGGACACGCUUUUUUACAUUCUUGUCGACAUUUCUUUGGUUUACAUCGAUCACUGUUCACGAUUGCAAUACGCGUUAACUUAUCUUGUGAAGCCAUUUCAAGAUCGAUGAUUCAUUCGAAAUGCAUGUGCCUUUCAAAGAGCAUCGAGCCCGCGAUAUGUCAAAGUUUAAUACUAAACUUUGCUAAAUUGCAUACCUCAAAAGUCUUCAAAAGUUCAGAUAUAUAUAUCACGCGAUAUCAGAAUUUCAGAGACAAAUAAAAAAACACUAUGAAAGCAGACAAAUUAAUUACCUAUUUAUUUAGUUAUCUUAGAUAUAAAAAAUAUUAAAAUUAAUAACGAAUAUAGGCCUGGCAAAAGUAACAAUGCAAGUAUGAAACAUUGACGGAAGGAACUGUACAGUUUCCACUUUUCAGAGGAAACUAUAUAGUACCGUUUUCACUGCUUUAUCCGACAAAAGGGAAUUUUACCCCUAUGCCCGGAUCAUGCCCUCCUCCAUCCAUUCCCUACGCCACUGGAAAAUUCAAAAUACAUGACUAUCCUGAAUAUUGUCUACAAUAGGCAAUAGCAAUGUACAAUGAAGAACGACUUUUGACGUAUCCAAUUUAUGUAUAAUUUUAUCAUCUACGAACAGAUAAGACAGACUUCAUGAUCGUAUAUAUUAUAUUUAUAUAUUUAUCUAAUAAAUGGCUUUUGUUAUUAGACAUUUAUCGAUUCUUAACAAGCCGUUUUAUUCAAGAAAGAUAGUAACACCUAUUUCGAACUUCUUGUCAAAUAAAAGUGUUAAAAAGUUCUCGACACCGGUUGAAGAAUUAUUAUGCAACACUGACAUACCACCAGACAUGGCGGCUGACAACGACAGCAUGGUGAAAUCAGGGCCUGCAGAAAGAAAUGUUGGCGAGUACGCAAUGAAAAUGAUGAAACAACUAGAAGCUGAGGGAAGGUUAAAAACAAGAAGACGUAAUACGUGGUUAAUACGUAGACAUAUGGAAGUUGUUGAGAAAUUUUGUGACACUCCAAGACAAGUGCUGGGUCUGUCUUUACCAGAGUUUAAAGAAAGAGUAAAGGUCCUGCAAAGUUUAGAAAUAAGUCUUGAAGAUGCAUUGGUUAUUGCUUUGUCAUAUCCAUCAUGUUUGUCAUUGAAUUCAACAGCUAUGUUUUCAAUGGUUUCACUAUUGAAAAUGUAUCGUUGCUACCUUCCUAAACAUUUCAUGAAAAACCCUUAUGUAUUUUCCCUGGAUUCCAAACAGUGUGAAUCAAACCUGCAACACCUGAAGAAGAUUGGGUUGUCAUCGGAAAGUAUUGGUAACCUGAUUGAUGCCAACCCAAUUGUGUUGACAGUUCCACUAUCAAACAAAGCUGAAAAAUUUGCAAAACAAGCUGAAAAUUAUCAAUCAUCAAGCAAUAUAUUGAGAUUUGCUCUAAAAUCAUCAUUACUCAAAUCUGGAGAACAAGUUUCAUUAAAUGAAGAUUUUAAUCAAGUUGUGUCAUUUCUUAAGGAACUGAAGAUUGAUAUUUCAAAAUUGAUGCAAAAAUGUCCAGAGUUCCUAUGUACAAGCUAUGCCAGUUUGCUUGAAACCUACCAGUUUCUGUGUGGUGCUCCUUUAUACUGCGAAAAGAGUCAUGUGGCGAAGCUACUCAUGUCAAAUCCACAUGCAUUUCUCCAAAUGAAUAAAUCUUUGUUUCAGCAAAGUAUACAAAGUCUUUCACAAAUCAUUGACAGUAACAUGAAAUUGUAUUGGUUACUGCAGAAAUCACCCAUGUUAUUUGUCGACAGUUCAUCAAUCCCGCUGGAAAGGAUUGAAUUACUUAAGCAGUACCAAUUUUCUGACAAAGAAAUUGUAGGCUUACUAGAAAAGGUUGCUUUUGUGUUCAGUUCAAAAUCAUCAUGUAAUCUGGAGAAGAAACUACGUUUAUUGCUUUCUACAGAUGAUAUUACUACUGGUCAAGUUUGCAAAUCAGCAUUUAUUUUGAGAGCUCCAUUAGACAAGUUACAGAAACGUUUGUUUUUCAUAAAGUUCAAGAAACCAGAUGUCUUGAAAUUACACUCACUGAAUGACAUCUUUUUCAGUAAUAAUCACAAAUUUAUUAAUGAAAUAUGUGGCUCUACAUUAACAGAAUAUCUUGGUAUAGUGGAUGUAUUAGAUCAUGUCUAAUGUUCUUAAGACAAAUUAAGAUUUCUAAAUGUAGGAUCAAUAUUAGAGUUUCAUAAUCAUGCACAGUAGUAGUGCAUUUCAUUGCAGGUCAAAACAACUGUUUUAGGAAAUAAUUAAUAAACCUGCAAAUUUAAAAAAAUUACAGAUUACAUAAUACAUGCUAAUCUGGAAAGUGUGCCACCAUGACUAUAGAGCCUCUGUAGGCAACUCCACAGGCUUACACAAUAAUUAAUAAAGAAGUGAUUGGAGUAACAGGGAAUCAUGAGGGAUAAUUGUGCAGUGAAGAAAUAAAUAGUUUUCAUUACUGUCACCCCUUACCAGCCUCAAUAUGUUAAAUAUUGCAUAAAUUGCAUAGUCGUUUUCCACAAAGUUGCCUGUGGAGGAGGCUACAGUGUCUGUAAGCUGCCAGCACAUUUACCCAAACUGUCUGUUUUUUAAUUUUUAACAUGCUUUUCAGUCAUUUUGAACUGCAAUGAAAAUUAAUCACCACUUGCCCAUGACACUGGUCUAUUUGAAAUUGUAUAAAAUAGUAAAUAUUUAUAAUUUAUACAUAUAUUGUUAUAUUUCGUUUUAUUUAUAGAUUGAUAAAAAUUUUAAAGAUAUACCAGGUAUUUAACGUCAGUAACUCCAGAUGAAGGGCCUUCGCUCGAAACGUCGAAGUUCUCCUUAUAUUUUUCAGGUAGUUGCAACCAGGAACUACUUUUCAGGCCUACCAACGAAAGCUUGUUUAUUGUAUUGGCACUACCUACACUGGCACAGACGUUCAAUAUUUAGCUUAAAACUGUUAACAUGUUGUAACCUACUGCCAAUCUCUUUAUCAUUAAUUAGCAUAUAUUACUCUUUAUAAAUAACGUUUUUCAGACUGUUAGAUCAUUUUGAAAAAUCGUAAGCGUGUCAACUGUCG